AUGAGGAGACAUCAGCAACCUGCUGCUGCUGCUGCUGCUGCUGCUGCUGCUGCACCAGCACCGCCACCACCACCUGCAACAGCAGCAGAAGACGAAGCAGCAACACCUGCAGCUGCAGCAGAAACUUCUGAUGCAGCAGCUCCUGAUGCUGCUGUCCCUGCAGCAGCAACAACAGACGAAGGAUCAACCGCAGCAGCAACGGCAGCACCAGCAGCAACAGCAACAGCUGCAGCAGAGGCUGCAGCAGCAGAAGCGCCAACCGCUGCAGCAGCAGCUUCUCGCUGCCCUAGAAGGCGCAGGCGCGGGCGGAGGGGAGCAGCAAAGGCAGCAGCUGCUGCUACUGCUGCUGCGGAGCAGCAGCAGCAAGAGCAGCAGCAACAAGUGCAGCAGCAGCAAUUGCAACAGCUGCAGGACCUCCAGCAACAGCAGCUGCUGCAGCAACAGCUGCAGCAGCAACUGCUGCUGCAGUUGCAGCAGCCCCUUCUCAUGGCGCUACAGGAGCACCAGAAGCUCAGCAAGCUGCUCUUCAGCCCCCAGCAGCAGCAGCAGCAGCAGCAGCAGCAGCUGCAGCAGCAGCAAGGGGGUAACGGCAGCAUAGCGUCUGUGUUGACAACACCAGAGAAGUCGGUGCCGCUUAGCCGCAGCAACAACUGCAACAGCAGCAGCAGCAGCAACAGCAACAGCUUUUUGUCUCUUCAGGUGUCUCCUUCGUCUUGCGUAGAGCUCUCAGCCCCUGCCUGGGCCCCAUCGAGUGCAGCAGCAACCGAUGAAGCGGCAGCAGCAGCAGCAGCAGCAGCAGCAGCAGCAGCAGUAACAGAGGAAGCAGCUGCAAAGCAGCAGCAGCAACUGCAUGUGGAAGCAGGGGCCUUCUCCUCGCAGCAGCAGCAGCAACUGCAUGUGGAAGCAGGGGCCUUCUCCUCGCAGCAGCAGCAGCAGCAGCAACAGCAGCAGCAGCAGCAGCAGCAACUCCAACAGCACCGCGAUAUUGAACGGCUGAAGCAGCAGCAGCAGCAGCAGCUGCAACUCGCGUUGCAGGCGCAGCUGCUGCAGCAACUGCAGCUGCAGCUGCUGCCCCAACGAGGAACGGCAGCACAACCCUCUCCCGUACAGCAGCAGCAGCAGCAGCAGCACAGCCUCCAGCAGCAAGCUAAGAAGCUGGCAGUGAUGAUGCUGCGUCAGCAUCAGCAGAAGUACAUGCAGCAGCAGCAGCGAACGAUGGACCACCUGCAGCAGCAGCAGCAGCCGCAGCGCGUGCACGCAGCCGAGCAGCAGCAGCAGCAGCAGCAACAGCAACAGCAGCAGCUAACAACAGCAUAUGAGCAGCAACCAGUCGCCCCCAUGUGGAGGGCUGCUGCGCCGAGGCCUCCCGAGUUGCUUCGCAAGGAAGCAGCAGCAGCAGCAGCAGCACAACCAUCAGGAGCAGCAACAAACGCAGAGGCUCCCAAACGCCAGGAGCCUCAAACGUGGGGCCGCAACUCAUGGGGCGCUACCCCUCCUCAGCAGCAGCAGCAGCAGCAGCAGCAGCAGCAGCAGCAGCAUGAGUCGGGGCAGCUCAAGGCGCCCCCUCGUGCUGCUGCUGCCACCUCAGCCCUUAAUCCAGCAGCGGUUCCCUUUUACCCUGCGUCUAUCAGGCAGCAGCAGAAGCAGCAGCAGCAGCAGGUGCAGCAGCAGCAGCUACAGCAGCAGGUACAGCAAGAACAGCAGCAGCAACAGCAGCUGUGGGGCUCCACAGAUUUGCUGCAGCAAGAGACUCCCCUCCGAUGCAAGGACCGGGGAGAUCCACAGCAACAGCAGCAGCAACAACAACUGCACCAGCAGUUGCAGGAGAAGCUGCAGCAGCAACUGCAGCAGCUGCAGCAAAUGCAGCAGCAGCAGCAGCAGCAAAGCCGCCAACAGCCUGCCUUUCUCCAAGGGAGUGAAGCUUCUUGCGUGCCGUUGACGCUGAAUUCAGCAGCUCCUCCGGGGCUGCUCAGCAGCGGCAGCAGCAGCAGCAGUAGCAGCAGCAGCAGCUGCAGCAGCAGCAGCAGCAGCAGCAAGACGAUUGCUCAUGAGUUUGGAUUUCGUCAAGUUUCCGUCAAUUGCUGCAUCUCCGGGCUGCAGCGCCUUCAAAGCAAUUCGCUGCAGCAGCAGCAACUGCAGCAGCAAGUGCAGCAACAACUCCAGCAACAACUGCAGCAGCACGUGCAGCAACAACUGCAGCAGCAGACGCAGCAGCAACUGCAGCAGCAAGUGCAUCAGCAACUGCAGCAGCAGCUGCAACAGCAACUGCAGCAGCAGGCGCAGCAGCAGUUGCACCGGCAGGUGCAGCAACAGCUGCAGCAGCAGCUCCAGCAGCAGCUGCAGCAGGGGAGCCUUGCAGCCUUAGCAGCAAACCUACGCAAAAGCACACAGCCACCAAUGCAGUAA